AUGGUGUCGUCUUCAUGUGCCCCCGUCGUAAAAAAUUUGAGGCAAGGGAAAAUGAAAACAAGAUGCAUUAACCUAGGUUACCUAUCGUCUUUAGGUCUUGCCGUGAGGAAAAAGCAAAAGAAGGAGAGAAUAGUGGUCGUACCCGAACUCUGUGAGGAAUUGUUGACCGAGAUUCUGAGCAGAUUACCGAGCAAUUAUGCGUUGCUUACUACAUCAUUGAGUCAUGAUGAUCACUCUGUCUCUGUAAUCGACCAAGAUCUAACCAUGCCGAUAAUGGGAGGCUACUUCUUGAACGCUUGUCGUGGCUUGGUGUGUUUCACAAUUGGGUCAAGAGUGCAAAUUUGUAACCUUAACACAAGGCAGCUUGUGGACUUGCCGAUUAUUCUAACACCUAAAGGAGGAGAAAAUUACAAGAUAUGGUACUAUUUAGGACACGAUCCUGUUCAUGACGAAUACAAAGUGCUUAGUUUCAUUUGGAGGCACAACAAGGAGUGGAAAGUGAGAUCAGAACAUCAUGUGUUGGUACUUGGAGCUAGAACUUCAUGGAAAAAGACUCAAUGCCACAUUCACCAUCUUCCUUAUUCUCAAGGGAUUACCAUCAACGGUGUUUUGUAUUAUGGAGCUUGGACUGAUGACAAGUGUGUGCUUAUGAGUUUUGACUUGACUUCUGAAGAUGUGGGUGUUUGGGUAAUUGAAGAUGUCAACAAGAGUCAAUGGUCAGACAAGGAGACUUUUGUUUUGCCUACAGAUUUCCCCCACGACUAUGGCUUUAUGAUGGGUGGCACAGGUCGCAGUGGUAAGGGUAAUGAGAUAACUCGAAAGAUCCAAAUAAGUCCAUCAUUACUUGGUAGCUUUAAACAGACUGAUUCCUUGUUGGCUACUUUAUGGGAUGAUACUGAGAGCAUCAUGUACUUGGAAACCUAA